GCAGAACCAUGAGGACGUGGCCAUUGCAGCUCCUGUUCUGGGCCACUUCGUCCGUCCCAGGACCACAGGGAGCCUACCUGCCUGGGAACCUGACCUGCCUGAACAACUACCAGUACAAGCUCAACUGCAGCUGGACCAGUCCCGGGCCCACGGCGGCGAAGGACGGACCCUUCCGGAUCCAUUUCAUCCACAAUUUGUUGCCAUACGAGUUUACGUGCCCGGUCCAGCCAGGCCCGGCCCCCGCCCUGCUCGUGUCCACCUGUCAAGCCCCGAAUGUGUUCACAUCGUGGGACCGGUUCAACGUCUCCCUUCGCGGGACCAACGUUUUUUACCUCACGGACGCCCUGUACCUGCCCCGGCUGAACAUCAAGCCAGACUGUCCCACUGAACUGAAGAGCAACGUCAGCAGCCGGAGCUGUGUCAUUUCCUGGCAGCCUCCGCUCCGGGCUUUGGCCGGACAUCUCAGCUAUCAGCUCGACUUCAAGAAGAUAGAGGAGCCUUGGGAGGUGGCACGGCGUAAGAAUGACAUCGGUGGGGUGACGUGGCUGGUCCUCGAGGCCUUCGAGUUCAAAGCCAGCGGAGCCAUGUACCAGGCCAGACUUCGCUGCCGGCCCGGCCAGCGGCAGACCAGCCCGGAGUACGCCGGCCCUUGGAGCCACUGGAGCCGGCCCCUGGCCUUCCGCUCCCCCAUCCCACCGGAUCCGACUUCUCCUCCGGGAGCCGGGGAGCAGCCCUUCCCCACGGUCACCUUCCUGUCCAUUUUGCUCUCCAUCAUCAUCCUGCCCUACCUGGUGGUCAAGCUCUCCCCCAGGGUGAAGAGAACUUUCUACAAAAAUGUGCCUUCUCCAGCCGGCUUCUUCAAACCCCUGUAUGCUGUGCACAACGGAAACUUUCAGGCCUGGGCCGGCGUUUCCCAGACGGAUUCCCACCUCCGGAGAGAGGAAUCCAGAGGGGCCCAAACUGGGGCCACCAAGGGCCUCCUGGGGCCCAGUCCUGAAGAAGCCAUCUCCCCCAUCACCUGCUCCCCCGUGGUCCCCAACAGGAGCCCUGCCCCCCGGAAGGAGAAGGAGGAGGAGGAGGAGGACGAGGAAGAAGAGGACCACCAGGCUUCGGGGUCCAGGGAGCUGGCCUGGCAGUGCCAGGAAGAGACGUACGUGAGGGUGGAGGACCUGCAGGGUUGGCUGCCCGAGGCGGGGACCCCAGGCCGGGACCUCCAGAGCGGCACCGGUUGCCAGCCCUCCUCUGGUGGGCAGAAAUCCCCUGCCUCGGGCUUCCCCACCAGAGAGAAGGGGCCAGUGCCUCUGGCCCUGGAGGGCUUCUGGUCCUGCAGAGACGAUUACUGCGACCUGUACUGCAGCGAGAUGCCCGUGGCCGUGUUGUGGGGCAGACCGCUGGGUGGGAGUCAGUGACCCGUCCCCUUCCCCGGUAGCCGGGGAAGGCUGGAGUGCCUCCCUCCCCGCACCCCUUCGGUGGAGGAAACUUAGGCCCAGAGUGGCUGGGUAACUACUUAAAGGUUGUCCAGCAUCUGGGGCCUCAGCUUCCCGGCCUGGGCCGAUAGGUAUCGGUGCUGCUUGCUGGGGCCAUCGACCGCCUCCUCCUCCUCCUCAGUCUGUCCUCCCGGGCAGAGGGGUCAGUCUCAGUGGGCCGCCGUGCCCCAGAGGGAGCAGUGACCUCAGCCAUGCCCAGCUUUCUGACACCCUUCAUGGUCCAGCGGUGGGCCUGUGCGUUUUGAAACACCAAAGCCAAGCUGUUCCCACAGUCCUCUUCUCCUCGGUGGGGGGAGGGUUCUAAGGAAGGGAAACGGACGGGCCCGAGGAAGCUUGGGCCAGCGCAGGGGGGCUGGUGGCGGGCAGACUUCCCUACAAGGGGUACCCUCCUCAGAGCCCUCCUUCACUUCCCUCUCUCCAAACCCCGCCUCCUCUGGGAAGCUCUCUUGGGUGGAGCUGGGUACCUGGGUGGAUCUUUUGUGUGUUGCCAGAGUCUUGAUCUGCAACGAGCCCAUAAUAAAGAUCACAGUUCACUAGGUUGAGCCAGGGGGGCUCUUUGACGGGCAGCCAACGGUGCCCUCCUCCUGGCCUGGACCAGGGCCGGUGCCCCGGGCCCGCCUGGCUCCUUUCGAACGGAGGCUCCUGACGGUCGGAGAACGGGCCGGGGGUUCGCUCUGCAUGGCCUCACC